AUGACGUUCCGCGACACGGUCAAGCGGGUGUUCCGCUCCAAGAAUGAUGGAAAGCCCAAAGUGGAAUAUUAUCGCCGCCACGAGUGUCCCCCUUCGAAAUUCAAGGGCCCGUUCGAUCGCGCCCACCAAAAGAAAUUGGCCGCCUGGUCUUUUGGCGGUGCAAUGAUUGAACGAACUCGUUCCCACGAACUGUCCCUGUCACCCUGUGCGACGUACGCGGGUUACGAGGGUUGCACCGGCCCAUCCGAUUCUGACGACUCGGUGUCUCCGGAUGAUGAAGUUGAUGUCGAUCCAGUUCCCGUCGCUCAAGUGGCCCCUGCCGAAUCAUCGCCACGCGCUGCUGACUCCGGGUCACAGACCUCCACCAUGAUCAACGCAUCCAGUUACAGUGGCUCAACAAUGACUCUUUGGAAUGAUGUCUCUAUCUACGAGAUACCCGAGGAUUCAAAGGAGUCGAAAUAUUACUUCGAGGAGUCGGUCCGCUAUACUUCGCCCCUCCCCGCCAUGACCCCGUGCGUGAUGUCCACCCGCAAACACAUCCCUUUCGCCCCGGAGGAACUCGCUCGCGCCUUGGUCGCUGUACAGCUCUGCGCCUGA